AUGUCUGAAAACACAUCAACUACUACAAAUCCAACACCACAAAACAAUCAAUCCAAUGUUUUCUUGCCUCAAAGUCGUGUCCGGCAUGAGUGGUAUCAAAAUGAAAAUUACGUGAAUAUUAGCAUAUUUAUCAAGAAUGUAAAAAAAGAAACAGUCAAGAUUGACGUUAAUGAACGCUUGGUUUCUGUUUCAAUUAAAUUACCAAUGGGCUCUGAUUAUUCCCUUGAACUUGAUCCUUUAGCGCAUGAAAUUAUUCCAAGUGAGAGCAAAUAUGAAGUCCUUUCUACGAAAAUUGAGAUCAAAUUGAAAAAGGCACAACCUGGCGUGAAAUGGGGUGUUCUCGAGGGAGAAGACUCUCUUGCCGGCACAAUUAGUAGUGGUGAUGGCAAACUGACGUAUCCAUCAUCGUCACGAAAAGCCAAAAAUUGGGAUGAAUUAGAGCGAGAAAUCUCCAAAGAAAAAGAAAAACCAGAAGGCGAAGAAGCUUUAAAUGCAUUAUUUCAACAAAUCUAUAGUAAUGCAGAUGAUGACACAAAGAGAGCAAUGUUAAAAAGUUAUACCGAAAGUAGUGGCACAUGUCUUAGUACAAACUGGAGCGAAGUAAAGAAGGGGAAAGUGGAAACAAAAGCGCCAGAAGGAAUGGUUGCGAAAAAGGUAAUGUGA